GGGCGCAGGCCCUCGCAAUUGCCUUGAUGCCACGGGCGCAGUUCAGGAACCGAUUUGACAUCAAUGCUGAUUCUCACACCAGGCCCUUUCUUUUCCUACGCCUACGCCUUUCCUGCCGACUAUGCCGCUCCAUGACUCGGCGCUGCGGGGUCCCUUGAUGCCAUCUUGGAUGAACACUUGUUCCACUCAAUGGAUCCGCCCGCUGCCUCCUUAGGAGCUGGAGUCGGCCCCAGGCGAUGCCCCCUUGAAUAUACCGGCCCCCUCCCUCCCUGGCUCUGCCCUUGACGGCUUGAAACCAUCUCCAGGAUACUACAUGGAGUCAUCAUGUCCCGGGUAGCUAUGAAGACCUGUCCUGCUCCCAUGCCUGCCGGUGUACCUCUCCCUUGGCAUUUGGAACAAAGGGUACGAAGUACUCGCCUCCUGGAUAUUGUUUCCAUACUGAUCUCGCCACGCUUAUGGUUCUCUAUUAUUUCUUCGCGCUUGCUCCCUCGAAGGGUACUGCUUACAUGGAUAAAAGGGUCCUGCCUGUCCUUGCCUGGCGAUCUUUGACAUGCUUCGUUGAUAGUUAUCACUCGCUCCCACAUCAUCUUCCUCAGCGGCCCAAUGCUGGAGCCUCUAUUCACUCGUUACUACGAAAGUGUCGCACCCAAUUGUUCACUCGCACCAUAGGUUACAAUCAUGCUCGGUCGCUUCAUCUUCGCCAUUUUGGUCGUGGCGGCCCUAUCCGAGGCGCGCGUCGGUCGCUUGGCGCGAGCUGAACCUGAGUGCUGCCCAUGCCCGCCGCCGCUGGGGUCACCGCGCACGACAGUCACAUUCACAGUGACGCAACAGAACAUCCAGACACCAACCGUCACUGUGUACAGCACCGUCACCGCCACCCCUUCGGCCGUUGCUCCCCAGACCAUCACCGUUAACGCAAGCGCAACUGUCACGCAGUUGGUGUCGGAGACCCAAACUGUUACCGUGAAGGAGUCUGUAAUCGCAUCAUGCUCUCUGGUGUAUUUGACCCAACAAACCACGGUCACUCCCGCAAGUCCUGUUACCACAGUCAUUGUCCAACCGCAACCUCCACCGUCGCAAGAGGUCCAGCCCGUCGCCACAAAGGCCGCACCAAUGCCAGAGGCACAACAGCAGGCACCGGUGCCCAUACCAAAUCCUCCUGUGCCUGCCGGGCCGCCAGCUGCCAAUGUCACACCUCAACCGCUACCUCAAGUCGCAACUACAACGCCGGUGGUUGUUUGCCCCCCUCUGACCGCUUCAACAACCGUUGCCACUGUCUACAACACCAUCACUCUCACAGUCGCGAACACCAGUACGGCGAACACUACUUCAGGGUCUGGUGCAGAGCCGACAGUCUAUAUAAAGCCCACCAAUAUUGCUCGGGGUCAAAGUCCGCGCGCGCCGACUGCAUAUAUCCCCUAGCGGAACUGGGACACCGGCGGCGGUACCUCGCGAUGUUAGAAGGCAACCUCUAUGUCACCUCAUGCACUUUCAUGUACAGAACCAAAAAUAUUCUUGGCCUUCUUACUUUACGUAAAUUUAAUCAAGACUUAUCAUGAG